AAUUGAAUUGAAUAUACACACUGAUAAAACAAAAAAUGCUAACAAAUGUCAACAGACAAGUUCACAUGACACAUGAAUAUUCAUUAAAUUCAUCAGUGCUUGGAUGCUUGAGUAACAUGGAAUUUGUUUUUAUAAAUAUUAAAAACUGUUUGUAUUAUUCACUUAUACGUAAUUCCUUAAUUUCAUGAUUCAUAUUUUCUUAAUAAAAUUUUCAAGAAUAUCGUUAGUUUCAUUAAUGCCCAUAAAUUUUUUUAAAAAAUCCAAACCAAAUUUACACACGUGUAGUCAUCAUAACCUCUUUGUCGUACGCAAUAUUUGCUUCACAGUUGCGUGCAGUAUUUUUUCAAAAUUAAUUAAAUUCCGAAAUUAUAAUUAUAAAAAAUGGCAGAAAAUCCAUUAAGUUUAGCGGAAAAAACUUUUAUACUCCAUGGAGUAAAUGCAAAUAUAAGAACUGAUGGUCGUAGCCAAUUGCAAUAUCGUUACUUAGAAAUUGAAACAAAAUUGAUGCCUCAAACAAAUGGAUCAGCACGUGUAAGAAUUGGAAAUACUGAUGUACUUGUUGGAAUAAAAGCUGAAAUUGAUACACCGUUCCCUGAUAGACCUGAUCAAGGCAAAUUAGAAUUUUUUGUUGAUUGUUCUGCUAAUGCUACCCCAGAAUUCGAAGGCAAAGGAGGAGAUGAUUUAGCAGGAGAAAUUACUAGUAUUUUAACAAAUGCUUAUAAAUCAUCAAGUGCAUUCAAUCUUGAAUUUUUGAGUAUUUUAAAAUACAAAAAAUGCUGGAAGAUGUAUGUUGAUAUUCUAAUUCUUCAAUGUGGUGGAAAUUUAGUGGAUGCGAUUGGAAUAGGUGUAAAAGCUGCUUUAUUUAGCGUCGAAAUACCUAGGAUAACAGCAGCAACAUUAGAUGGUGGAGAAGCAGAUAUACAAUUAUCUGAUGACCCAUUUGAUUGCAUUAGAUUGAAUGCAGAAAACUUUCCAGUUUUAGUAACUCUGUGCAAAAUUGGUGAAAAUUGUAUAGUUGAUCCUACAGCUGAAGAAGAAGAAUGUGCAGCUGCAAGUGUAGUUGUUUCGGUUGUACCCAAUGGAAAAAUUACAGCAAUUGUCAAAACAGGAUAUGGAAGUCUUCAACAAUCUACUUUACUUAAAAGUCUUGAGAUUGCAAUACAUGUGGGACAAAAAUUAAAUUAUACAUUAAUGGAAGCUCUGAAGAAAGAAGAAUCGUUAGGACCUCAAAGACCAAUUAUUGGGUUUCUUCGGUAACUUUAUAAAUAAAUCAACUAAUAAUAAUAAAUUUAACAUAAAUUAUUUUCAUAUUUUUUUUAAUAAAAAUAUUAAUUGUACAUA